UGUAGUAGAAGAAACUGUUAAAAAGAACCAAUUUUUCGAUGUAUGCAGGCAAUUGAAUGAUGUAAGUUUUAAUUGUAAUUUCAGUAAAUUAAACAUUGAACAAUAUUUGGUUUCAGUACCUAUUAUUGUGAGGAUAUAUAAGGGCUCGAUUUUGUUCCUGAGACAGUCAGUCCAUGGCCGAGUUUCAGCCGAUGAACCUGCAUUGGUUAUAUGAACAACAAUGCAUCCAUGAAAUAAGUGUAACACAAUUAGGCCGUGUGUUAAAACAAUGUCAGUGUCUGUUCCAUACAUACUUUGUUAUUCUUCAAGUACUGUGUGGUUAGGUUUUUACUGCUCUUAGAUGUUCAAUAGUAAAUUACUGUAGCAGUAUGUGGACGUUUGCCUGCAGACUAUUAACUAUCGAAAGUUAAACAAUAGUGCACUGGCCAAAGUAACUGUGGAUUAUUGGGGAGUUGUGAACAGAGAAAGUAAAGUACUGUCAAACACAAAUGUGCACCUGUCAGCUACAUCAUUUAAAGUAGUCAGUGUUGUACUUCCACAUCCCGUUUUUGAGCGAGUGUAGCAAUGCAGUACAUAGACACCAAGGACAAUCAACGAAGAAAUAAAGCAGGAGACCACCACAAAGGUUACAAAAUGUCCUUAACACAUGAGGAACGCAUUGAAAUCAUCUUGAUAUCAGGAGAAAGAAGCACACGGGUCAUUGCUGAGGAUUUCAACAGUCGUCACCCAACCAGACAGCCCAUCACUCACAGCGCAGUUGCCAAGCUUUUGGCCAAAUUCCAAGCAACAGGCUCUGUCGCAGAUAAACCUAAGGCUGGAAGACCAAAAUCUGCCACCGAUGAAACAACAACAGUGAGCGCAUUGGCAUCAUUUAGCAAGAGUCCGCAACGCAGUACUCGUCGCCUGUCACAAGAAUGUGGGGUUAGCCGUACUUCCAUACUGCGAAUUUUAUCGCAACACAAAUGGCACCCGUACAAAAUUCAGCUGCUCCAACACCUGAAUGAGGAUGACCCAGACCGUCGGGUACAGUUCGCAGAAUGGGUGACACAGCAGCUGCAGAUAAACCCACGUUUCUACGUUUCUCCUAUCAGGUGCUGUUCAGUGAUGAAGCCAAUUUCUUUAUCAAUGGUGAAGUGAACAAGCAGAAUCCCAGAUACUGGUCCGACAAAAAUCCGCACUGGAUUGAUGCUUCCAAAAUGGUCGACUCACAAAAAAUGAUGGUCUGGUGUGGUGUGUGGGGUACCAAAGUCGUUGGACCUUUUUUUAUUGAUGGUACGUUAGCAGCCAAUGGUUAUCUGAGGUUAUUGGAUGAAGAAGUGCUUCCCUCGUUGUUAACGGAGGAUGGGACAUUUCCGGAAUUCUUCCAGCAUGAUGGAGCCCCACCACAUUAUGGACACAAUGUGCGAGCAUAUCUGAAUGUGCAGUUCCCUCAAAAGUGGAUUGGUCAUAUGGGUGCUGUGGAGUGGCCACCACGUUCACCAGAUUUGACUCCUUUGGAUUUUUAUUUUUGGGGUCAUGUCAAAGCACUGGUUUAUUCUGUGAAAAUACGGGAUUUGCAUCAUCUAAAGCAGCGCAUUGUUGAUGCAUGUGGUCAAAUUCAGUCAGAUGUGUUGGUGAAAGUUCAUCAGGGCUGGGUUCGGAGGAUUGCAUUAACAAUCCAACAUAAUGGGCAACAUAUCGAGUCAUUCCUAUAACUGUUGGUGGUCUCUCGGGACUGUGUAACAUCGGCUUAAUGUCUCUUCGGCACAUAACACACAUGCUGCCGAGCGUCCCACCGCUGCCACAUGUAACUGACUAUAACCCGAGAACGAAUAAAGCUACAUUUAAAAUAACAACUGCAUUGUUUUUCUGGUGAAAUUCUCUAUCUGUUUGAUAUGUCACAUGACCACAUUCCCAUUUGAAAUUUUGGAGUUGAAUCCAAGAUGGCGGCUUUCAAGAUGGCCGCCAUGUUGGUGGCAUAGUCUAUAAAGUUUCCCCCUUCCCGUUUCUCGAGUGUAGGGACUCUGUUUCCUUGUUUGCCUCUCCAUUAGAAUUUUACGAGGGUGUUUCCGGACUUUUGGACCACCCUGUAAUUUGAAUGUGACAGCUUUCCUGGAAGGCCGUAAAUUUAGAAACUUUGUUAUGAAUGCUUUGGCAAUUUACAGUUGUAAUUCUGACAUUCAAAGCAACUUUACUUUGUGUGCAAUCUGAUUUCACUUUCUGUGUAUCAGCUGGAAGACCUCAAAUUAUUGCCUAGCCUAAUAAAAACCCAUGUGCACUCCAUAAGUACCCUGUUACAUAAGAGGCUGCUUCCUGUGUGUAGUGCACCCUUGACCUGUCAAAGAGAGUCCUACAAUUCUCCAAUGCAUAAUGAAGAUCCAUAAAUCUGUAGCCAAGACUGUCACAAAACUGAUGGAGCCUCUGGUUGAGACCCUCCACUUGGUAUCAAACCAGACAGUGCAAAUCAUAAGUUUUGCUUUCACCCCAAGAGCAAAGUCAGCAGUUUUCACCAUGUCUGCCAGCCACCUGUACGAAAUGAGGGUGGCUUCAGAACCUACGUGACAGACAUCAGUGGUGACAACAUGUGCCAAAACUUGAAGAUCACUGCAGUUGCAGCCUUGAUAGUCUCUGGCAGGAUCUCCAGCACAUCAUGGAUGAGGCCUUUGUAGUGCUUCGAGAAUUUCCGCAUAAAUUCUAGAACCACUUGUCCUUUUACCAUCUCGAACACAUGAUAUUUAAAAAAAUAAGUGUGAGAGAACCUACAUACUACUGUGUGACACAUGUUUGUGUGUGCAGGCUGGAAAGGAGUCACGAGCACAAGGUAGAAACAAGAGUUGAACAGCAUAGACAAGUGUUUGCUGCUUGCACCACAGAAGCAAGGAGUGUUUAUGUAUCGUAUGGUGUUUUAUAUUGUUAAUUAUUGUAAUGAGAAAAAAGAAGAACAGUUGAAACAUUGUUAAUUAAAAUUCAUGUAUUGGACUUGAGAGAAGCA